AUGAUCAAGGUCGGGGAAGUCUUCGAAGCUACAGAAGCUGUACCCCCGUCAGACUCCACCGGGCUUGGAUAUCUUCGGGUUGGAGACAGGGGCUGGGUCUUUGACAUGGGCAUCGCUGGACCAUGGAUUGGUGUGCCUGUGGUGGCGGCAGUCACUGGACCAAGUGCGAUGAAGUACGCGCAGAUCUUGCGCAACCCUGUGCAGUACGCCGAGUAUCAGGCAGCCCUUGGCGAGGAGAUUUUCCCCAACGAGGUGGAGAUCAACCGGAAGGACCAUCAAACGAAAGGUCCCGACCCUGCAGCCUUUGCUGAAACCGUUGCUUUGGGCAAGACGGCCGGCGACAAAGCCAAUUGGCCAUGUGACUGCAAGGAUAUCGAAGACACCGGGCUGCUGACUGAAGACGAGCAGCAGUCGUUCGAGAGUCUGUGUCAGGAUGAAGAGGAACGGAAUUUGGUCCUCUCCUCUUUGCGAGCAGCCGCAGGAGAAGCUUUUCGCAAGCUGGUGGUGCCAAGAUGGAUGAAGCUGGCUCAGCGUGCAGCUCUUACUGGCACACCCCAAUGCCUUCUCGACCGUCUCGCUCGUGCGCGAGCCCGGCUGCGAAAGGGUGAACGGGGUCACUCCCGAUUUCCUUGCAAUGCCGGUCUUGAGGGCGGCUGCGCAUGUAGUGCAGACGGAAGCGCUUUCGCCCUGGCAUCACCCAUUCGACCCGGUUUAUAA